UGAAGAAGACUUCCGGUGGUGUGUCAUGGCGGUGGCAUGGUGAAUCUAACAGAAAAGGAAAAAUACUCGGCCCUGUGCUCUUCUCCUGACUAGCCAGGGCACAUUUUCAUGCGGAAAUAAGAGUGUCAGCUGCGGCCUCGCACCUUGGAUUAGUCAGCGCUGCGCUGCGGUGUCCCUCCGCCCGGCCAUGGCGGCUCAUAAACCCGUGGAGUGGGUCCAGGCCGUGAUUACUAGAUUUGAUGAGCAGCUUCCCAUCAAAGUUGGUCACCAGAACACUCACACCAAAGUCAGCACAGAGCACAACAAGGAAUGUCUGAUCAACAUCUCCAAAUACAAGUUCUCCCUCGUCAUCAGUGGUCUCACUACAAUCCUCAAAAAUGUCAACAACAUGCGGAUAUUUGGAGAAGCUUCUGAGAAGAACCUCUACCUCUCCCAGCUCAUCAUCCUAGACACACUGGAGAAGUGCCUGGCUGGGCAAUCAAAGGACUGCUUGCGUCUGGAUGAGACCAUGCUGGUUAAACAGCUGCUGCCGGAGAUCUGCCAUUUCAUCUACACGUACCGUGACGGCCACCAGCACGCCGCUGAGCUCCGAGCCUCAGCCUCAGCUGUCCUUUUCUCUCUGAGCUGCAACAACUUCAAUGCCGUCUUCAGCCGCAUCUCCACCAGGCUCCAGGAGCUGACGGUGUGCUCGGAGGACAAUGUGGAUGUUCAUGACAUAGAGCUGAUGCAGUACAUCAACGUGGACUGCUCGAAGCUGAAGAGGCUGCUACAAGAAACUGUACUGAAGUUUCGAGCUCUCAAGAAGCCUGCUCAGUUAGCAGUCAUCAACAGUUUAGAAAAGGCAUUUUGGAACUGGGUGGAGAAUUACCCGGAUGAGUUCACCAUGCUCUACCAGCGACCACAAGCGGAUAUGGCAGAAGCAGCAGAGAAGUUGUUUGAUCUGGUGGACAGCUUUGCAGAGAGUGCCAAGAGGAAGGCAGCUGUGUGGCCACUGCAGAUCAUCCUCCUCAUCCUCUGUCCAGAAAUCACACACACCAUCUCUAAAGACACUGUGGAGGACAGCAAAGCUAACAAGAAACUGUUUCUGGACAGUUUGAGGAAAGCUUUAGCCGGCCAGGGAGGCAGCAAGCAGCUGAUGGAGAGUGCCGCCAUUGCCUGUGUCAAACUGUGUAAAGCCUCUACCUACAUCAACUGGGAGGAUCACUCCACCAUUUUCCUCCUGGUCCAGUCCAUUGUCAUGGAUCUCAAGGCUCUGCUCUUCAACCCAGCCAAACCUUUCUGGAGGGGGACGGGCAGCCAGAACGCUGAUGUGGAGCUCAUGAUGGACUGCUUCGUCUCCUGUUUCCGCAUCAAUCCUCACAACAACCAGCACUUUAAGGUCUGUUUGGCCUCCUCCGCCCCCUCCACCUUUCACUUUGUCCUCGUCAACUCAUUGCACAGAAUAAUCACCAACUCCCACCUUGACUGGUGGCCCAAGAUUGAUGCGGUGUACUGCUACUCUGGGGAGCUGCGCUUCAUGUUCUCAGACACGCUCAAUCGGGUGAUUCAAGGCGCUGGCACCCACGCUCCAAUACGCAUGACACCGAGUCUGACAUUCAAAGGGAAGAUGACCACCAGCCUUAAAUUCAAAGAGAAAACCACAGACCUGGACACUCGAAGUUACAAGUGCCUCCUCCUCGCUCUGGUCAAACUCAUCCAUGCAGACCCCAAACUCCUGUUGCAUAACCCAGUGAAGCAGGCUCCAGAGAUGCAGAGCAGCACAGCAGAGCUCAUCACUGGCCUGGUGCAGCUAGUGCCUAUAACCAACACCACACAACUCUCACAAGAAGCCAUGGAGGCUCUGUUGGUUCUUCACCAGCCAGAGACCAUAGAGCUGUGGAAUCCCGAUGCCCCCAUAGAGACGUUUUGGGACAUCAGUUCACAGGUGCUUUUCCUUAUCUGCCGUAAACUGAUUGGCCAGCAGUUGGCUAAUGGGACAGAAGUUCUGAAAUGGCUAAGGGAGAUCCUCAUCUGCAGGAACAAAUUUCUGCUCAAAAACAAGGAGUGUGCCACUAUGGGCGGUGGGAUUCCCAUUUGCCGACAGGCACAGACAAAGCUGGAGGUGAGUCUCUACAUGUUCCUGUGGAGUCCAGACACUGAGGCGGUGCUGGUCGCCAUGUCGUGUUUCCGCCACCUUUGUGAGGAGGCUGACAUCCGUAGUGCUGCUGAUGAGGUGCCUGUCCAGAACAUGCUGCCCAACUACGCCACCUUCAGUGAACUUGCCUCUGUUAGCAACAUGAUGGGAACUGGACGAUCCACUUUGCAGAAGAGGGUGAUGGCCUUGUUGAGGAGAAUAGAACACCCCACACCAGGAAACAUUGAGGCUUGGGAGGACACAUAUACUAAAUGGGACCAAGUCACUAAACAGAUUCUUAACUUUCCUAAAAACAAGGCUGAUGAUGGGCAGCAGGAGUGGAUCAACAUGACUGGCUUCCUUUGUGCACUGGGCGGUGUGUGUCUCCAGCAGCGCAGCACCCCAGGCCCAGCCACCUACAGUCCACCAAUGGGCCCCAUGAGUGAGCGCAAACCCUCCAUGAUCUCCAUGGGCCCCUGUGAGAUGUCCAACGCCAUGGCCUCCGUUUCAUCCUGCUCCUCAUCGGCCUCCAGCGAGACGCCUGUCAGCCGCUUCGUGGACCGGUUGUUGGCCCUGCUCGUGUGUGGCCACGACAGGGUUGGCCUCCACGUUCGCACAAACGUCAAAGACCUGCUGGGGCUGGAGCUCAGCCCCGCCCUUUACCCAAUGCUCUUCAACAAGUUGAGAAACAGUAUUGGAAAGUUCUUUGACACACAAGGACCGGUUCCUAUCAAUGACACUAACACCCAGUUUGUGGAGCAGACCAUAGCCAUCAUGAAGAACCUGUUAGAUAACCACACAGAAGGCAGCUCCGAACACCUGGGACAGGCCAGCAUCGAGACCAUGAUGCUCAACCUGGUCAGGUAUGUACGUAUCUUGGGUAACGUGGUCCACGCAAUCCAGAUCAAAACCAAACUGUGCCAACUGGUGGAGGUCAUGAUGGAGAGAAGAGAUGACCUUUCGUUCUGCCAAGAGAUGAAGUUCAGGAACAAGAUGGUUGAAUACUUGACGGACUGGGUGAUGGGAACUUCCAACCAAGCUGCUGAUGAUGACAUCAAGUGCCUGACGAGAGACCUGGACCAGGCCAGUAUGGAGGCAGUAGUGUCUCUCUUAGCUGGUCUUCCACUGCAGCCAGAGGAGGGGGAUGGAGUAGAACUGAUGGAGGCCAAAUCUCAGCUCUUCCUCAAGUACUUCACUCUGUUCAUGAACCUGCUGAAUGACUGCAGUGAGGUGGAGGAUGAGGGCCAGGCAGUUGGGGGCCGAAAAAGAGGAAUGUCUCGUCGCCUUGCAUCGCUCCGCCACUGCACCGUCCUGGCCAUGUCUAACCUGCUCAAUGCUAACGUAGACAGCGGCCUUAUGCACUCAAUUGGUCUGGGCUACCACAAGGACCUGCAGACUCGAGCCACCUUCAUGGAGGUGCUGACCAAGAUUCUGCAGCAGGGAACAGAGUUUGACACGCUGGCAGAGACUGUGUUGGCUGACCGCUUUGAGAGGCUGGUGGAACUGGUCACCAUGAUGGGAGACCAGGGAGAGCUGCCCAUCGCGAUGGCUCUGGCUAAUGUGGUUCCUGGAUCUCAGUGGGACGAGCUAGCUCGAGUCCUGGUGACGCUGUUUGACUCCCGUCACCUCCUCUACCAGCUGUUGUGGAACAUGUUCUCUAAAGAGGUGGAGCUGGCCGACUCCAUGCAAACACUCUUCAGGGGAAACAGCCUCGCCAGUAAAAUAAUGACCUUCUGUUUCAAGGUUUAUGGUGCAGCAUACCUGCAGAAGCUUCUCGAGCCUUUAUUACGAGGGGUUAUCACUACUCCUGAGCACAUCAGCUUUGAGGUGGAUCCCACCAGGCUGGAACAGGGUGAGAACUUGGAGGAGAACCAGAGGAACCUACUGCAGAUCACAGAGCGGUUCUUCCAGGCCAUCAUUGGUUCCUCCAGCGAGUUCCCCCCACAGCUCCGCAGUGUUUGCCACUGUCUCUACCAGGCUACUUGCCACUCUCUACUGAAUAAAGCAACAGUAAAAGAAAAAAAGGAAAACAAAAAAGCAGUGGUGAGUCAGCGCUUCCCACAGAACAGCAUUGGUGCAGUUGGCAGCGCCAUGUUCCUGCGUUUUGUCAACCCAGCAAUUGUGUCACCAUAUGAGGCAGGCAUCUUGGAGAAGAAGCCCUUGCCCAGGAUAGAACGUGGUCUUAAACUCAUGUCUAAGAUUCUACAGAGCAUUGCAAACCAUGUUUUGUUUACAAAAGAAGAACACAUGAGGCCUUUUAAUGACUUUGUGAAAAGCAACUUUGAUUCAGCGAGGAGGUUUUUCUUGGACAUAGCAUCUGACUCCCCACCGAGCGACACCGUAAACCACAGUCUUUCUUUCAUAAGUGACGGUAACGUGCUCGCCCUCCACCGGCUGCUGUGGAACAACCAAGAGAGGAUUGGCCAGUAUCUCUCCAGUAACAGGGACCACAAGGCUGUAGGUCGGCGACCUUUUGACAAGAUGGCAACUCUACUGGCUUACCUUGGACCUCCUGAACACAAACCUGUGGCAGACACUCAUUGGUCUAGUCUUAAUCUGACAAGCUCCAAGUUUGAAGAGUUCAUGACCAGACACCAGGUCCAUGAGAAGGAGGAGUUCAAAGCCCUAAAGACCCUGAACAUCUUCUAUCAAGCAGGAACCUCUAAGACUGGAAACCCAGUGUUCUACUACGUGGCACGCAGGUUCAAAACAGGACAGAUCAACGGUGACCUGCUCAUUUAUCACGUCCUCCUUACCCUCAAACCAUACUAUGCCAAGCCCUAUGAGAUAGUUGUUGACUUGACCCAUGUCGGGCCUAGCAAUCGCUUCAAGACCGACUUCCUGUCUAAGUGGUUUGUGGUCUUUCCUGGCUUUGCCUACGAGAAUGUAGCGGCUGUUUAUGUCUACAAUUGCAACACAUGGGUGAGAGAGUACACCAAAUACCACGAGCGGCUUCUGACAGGCCUGAAGGGCAGCAAGAGACUCCAGUUUAUCGACUCUCCAACUAAGAUGGCUGAGCAUAUCGAACCUGACCAGCAGAAGCUGCCUGCCGCCACGCUGACCCUAGAGGAAGAUCUCAAAGUGUUCCACAAUGCCCUGAAGCUGGCCCAUAAAGACACCAAGGUCUCGAUAAAGGUGGGCUCAACAGCAGUUCAGGUGACCUCAGCCGAGCGCACCCGUGUCCUCGGACAGCCAGUUUUCCUCAAUGAUGUCUACUAUGCCUCAGAGAUAGAGGAGAUUUGCCUCGUGGAUGAGAGCCAGUUUACCCUCACCAUGGCCAAUCAGGGCACACCACUCACAUUCAUGCACCAGGAGUGUGACGCCAUUGUCCAGUCCAUCAUCCAUAUUCGGACACGCUGGGAGCUGUCUCAGCCCGAUUCUAUCCCACAGCACACCAAGAUCCGUCCAAAAGACGUUCCAGGGACUCUGCUCAACAUUGCUUUGCUCAACCUUGGCAGCUCUGACCCCAGUCUCAGGUCUGCAGCUUACAACCUGUUGUGUGCUUUGACCUGCACCUUCAACCUUAAAAUAGAGGGCCAGCUCCUGGAGACAUCAGGUCUCUGCAUCCCAGCCAACAACACUCUCUUCAUAGUCUCUAUCAGCAAGACUCUGGCUGCCAAUGAGCCCCACCUGACACUGGAGUUUCUGGAGGAAUGCAUCUCGGGCUUCAGCAAGUCCAGUAUUGAGCUGAAGCAUCUCUGCCUCGAGUACAUGACGCCUUGGCUGCUCAACCUAGUCCGCUUCUGUAAGCACAACGACGAUGCCAAGCGUCAGCGUGUCACCGCGAUUUUGGACAAACUCAUCACCAUGACCAUCAAUGAAAAGCAGAUGUAUCCGUCUAUCCAAGCCAAAAUAUGGGGAAGCCUGGGCCAGAUAACAGACCUGUUGGAUGUAGUGUUGGACAGCUUUAUUAAGACCAGCGCUACAGGAGGCCUAGGCUCCAUCAAAGCGGAGGUCAUGGCCGACACUGCAGUGGCUCUGGCUUCAGGGAAUGUCAAACUGGUCUCCAGCAAGGUCAUUGGUCGUAUGUGCAAGAUCAUAGACAAGACCUGCCUGUCGCCAACACCUACACUGGAGCAGCACCUCAUGUGGGAUGAUAUAGCCAUCUUGGCACGCUACAUGCUCAUGCUGUCCUUCAAUAACUCGCUGGACGUUGCUGCCCACCUGCCCUAUCUGUUCCAUGUGGUGACCCUGCUGGUAGCCACUGGGCCGCUGUCACUCAGGGCGUCCACCCACGGUUUGGUUAUCAACAUCAUCCACUCCCUCUGCACCUGCUCUCAGCUCAACUUCAGUGAGGAGACAAAGCAGGUCCUGAGGCUGAGCCUGACUGAGUUUUCCCUACCAAAGUUUUACCUGCUGUUUGGCAUCAGCAAAGUCAAGUCGGCUGCGGUCAUCGCCUUCCGGUCCAGCUACAGAGACCGCUCUUUUUCACCGGGCUCCUACGAGAGGGAGACAUUUGCCCUGUCCUCCCUGGAAACUGUCACUGAGGCCUUACUGGAGAUCAUGGAGGCUUGUAUGAGAGACAUCCCAGCCUGCAAGUGGUUGGACCAGUGGACAGAGCUUGCACAGAAGUUUGCAUUCCAGUAUAAUCCGUCUCUCCAGCCCAGAGCGCUGGUGGUGUUUGGUUGCAUCAGUAAGAGAGUAAGCCACGGUCAGAUCAAGCAGAUCAUCAGAAUCCUCAGCAAGGCGAGCCCUUUGCUCAGCAUAGACCGCGGCCUGGAGAGCUGUCUGAAGGGACCUGACAAUUACAACAGCCAAGUAUUAAUAGAAGCCACAGUCAUUGCUUUGACUAAGCUACAGCCUCUGCUCAGCAAGGAGUCCCCCAUGCACAAAGCUCUGUUCUGGGUGGCAGUAGCUGUGCUGCAGCUGGAUGAAGUCAACCUGUAUUCUGCUGGAACUGCCCUUUUAGAGCAGAACCUUCACACUUUGGACACAAUGCGUAUCUUUAACGACAAGAGUCCAGAAGAAGUGUUCAUGGAGAUCAGACGUCCUUUGGAGUGGCAUUGUAAACAGAUGGAUCAUUUCGUGGGCCUAAAUUUUAGUGCCAAUUUUAAUUUUGCACUGGUGGGCCACCUGCUCAAAGGCUACAGACAUCCAUCACCCACCACGGUAGCACGGACAGUGAGAAUCCUGCAUACGCUGUUGGCGCUCAUCAGCAAACAUCUCAAAUGUGACAAGUUUGAGGUCAACACACAGAGUGUGGCCUAUCUGGCUGCACUGCUCACUGUAUCUGAAGAGGUCCGGAGUCGCUGCAGUCUAAAACACAGGAAGUCACUUCUGAUCUCUGACCUGUCCAUGGACCCAGUCCCAAUGGAGACCUACACCAGUCAUAUCACUGAUCCCAGCUGCAGAACUCUCCGAGAGACUCAGCCGUGGACAUCGCCGCAGGUGUCGGAGCGCUACCUUUCAGCUCACUACCCCACAGUGGGACAGAUCAGCCCACGAACACGAAAGUCCAUGAGCCUUGACAUGGGUCAGCCAUCACAAGCCAACACCAAGAAACUUCUGGGCACCAGGAAGAGCUUUGAUCAUCUCAUAUCAGACUCUAAAGCACCAAAGAGACCUGAGAUGGAGUCAGGGAUGACCACCCCUCCUAAGAUGAGGCGUGUGGCUGAAAACGACUAUGAGAUAGAGACGCAAAGAAUCGGAAACUCUCACCUUCGUAAAGUCUCUGUAUCGGAAUCAAACGUCCUGCUGGACGAGGAGGUGCUGACUGACCCAAAGAUCCAGGCUCUACUGCUCACUGUGCUGGCAACCCAGGUCAAAUACACAACAGAUGACUUUGACCAGCGGAUUCUAUACGAGUACUUAGCAGAAGCUAGUGUCGUCUUCCCAAAGGUUUUUCCAGUUGUCCACAACCUGUUGGACUCAAAGAUCAACACGGUGCUGUCCAUGUGCCAAGACACCAAUCUCCUAAACCCCGUCCACGGCAUCGUCCAGAGUGUGGUGUACCAUGAAGAAUCACCCCCCCAGUACCAGCCAUCCUACUUACAAAGCUUUGGCUUCAAUGGACUUUGGAGGUUUGCUGGACCCUUCUCGAAGCAAACACAGAUACCAGACUACGCCGAGUUGAUCGUCAAGUUUCUGGAGGCGCUGAUUGACAGCUACCUGCCGACAGCUGAUGAGGAGCGAGGGGAGGAGCAGCUGAGGACGCCCACCUCACCCUACCCACCCACCAGUCAGAGCCAGCUCAGCAUUACUGCCAACCUCAACCUGUCCAACUCCAUGACCUCACUGGCCACCUCGCAGCAUACACCAGGUCUCUCUCACACACACACACCCACACAGGUGUGGACAAGGAGAAUGUUCAGCUGUCCCCCAGCUCCGCUCUGUCCAGCGGGGGUCGCACUCGCCACGGUUCAGCCAGUCAGGUCCAGAAGCAGCGGAGUGCCAGCAGCUUCAAGAGACCCAGCAUCAAGAAAAUAGUGUGAUCAGCCGGAGAACACUGUCCCAUCCACACCGCGGACCCCCUCCACCACCUCCAGGCUGCCAGGCCUCAUGCCGCACUCAACUUGGUUAACAUUUCCUCCGCCUUCAGGCCUGUUGCUUUGGCCAAAGACGAAGUCCUUCUGUGUUCUGGAUCGAGGAGAAAUAUUUCCCACCUGAAUUCUGUGCUUCUUGGGAUUUUUUUCUUUUUUUUCUUUUUCUUUUUUCUUCAAAUCUUUCAUUUGAGCCAACCCAUGGUGGAGAAGGUGAAUAGUUAGUGAGUAGAUUCUCUUUACGUCCGGAGUCGGUGUCAGAGCUCCUCCAUCACAUGUGAAACUACACUAAAACACUAUUGGGAAUAACUCUGGAUGUGAAAGUUGAGUUGAUGACAUGGACUGCUCACACAUCCCUUGGACUUCCUCAUGACUCAACACUCCUUAUCAGUGAGAUGGACCAAAUAACAGCAGCACGAGCAGCGGUGGUGGAUUAUCUGUGAGACGGGACCUUUACUCUACUCCCCUCUCCCAGUCUUGUACAUAUUUUACAUAUACAGAUAAUGUAUAACCCGUCCUUAGUGCUUAUUUGGAUGUUGACGUUUUCUCCAUGGUGUGCCUUUGUCAGGGUUUUUCAGUGUGUACAAUUUGUAAAGUAAAAGUCAAACCUUGAUGAGGACAAAGAACAGGUACUAAUUAUGGAGGCGAGCCGUCCAUAUCACCACAAGGUCACACAAGCUGCGUCAUGACUGGCCUCCAAUGAUCGUCAAAUAUACAAUCAUCCAUAUACCCUGUUGCCUGAAAGUAUUUAUCCUGUACAGCUAGAUAGUGCUACACCAAUUUUCUUCUUUUUUAACACUUUUAAAGUGU